UGCCGACGCGAGUGGAGCACGGUUAACGGCAAACAGGACGAACGGAAUAAAAGGACGAAAAAGGGCGAACUGCGAACGACGAAAAGUGAAUGUAACGGCGAUUCCAGGAAGUUCGCGAUCCUUUCUAACGGUUCGUUGCGUACGCGCGCCCCCUUCCUUUUUUUUUUGUGUGUGUGUGUGUGUUUAUGUGUCCGCCGGUUGGGGAUUGAAAUAGAGAACCACUCGAUGCUCAUUGAAAUAUACGAUUAUGCUGCGAAAUUAUUAAACAAUAUGACCGCAAGAGUUGCCAGGGAAAGCGUCGGAAACGGAGAAGGAGAAGGCAGCCAAUCUACAGGGAAUCUCAGGGGUCUGCUCAGCCGCACCCUGGCCAAGGUGGCCCGGGCCAAUCCCGCCCAGCACGUGCCCAGCCUGCCCAACCUGUCCGUUUCCGCCCUUCUGCUGCAAGCCCUCGACGCGGCGGACGUGGCCCACGGCCAACGCAUCGAUCAUCCGACCCGUGGGCCGGCGGUGGCAGCGACAGCGGAUGUGCUGCCCGCAAUGCUCGGCGAACAGACGACCGGGCUCCUCCCGGAAAACGACACCGGCAGUCCGCUGGCGGGGAAUGGGGGCGCGGAUGUAUACCUGCCUACAGCAAAUCUCAGCGGUUUCAUUGAGUCCUCGACGACGGCGGCCAUAGGCACACUGCCCAUCCCCACCAGCAGCAUGGCCACCUUCCAGGCCCAGACGGUGGCCACCUUCAUCGCCGCCACCGGCAGCAAGAAUCGCCCAACGACCAUCGUGGUCUACCCAACGGUUUCACCCGAAUCGAUCGUAAUCCCGAUCGUGUCCUGCAUCUUCGGCUUCCCGAUCCUGGCGCUGAUUGUGAUCUGCUGCCUGCGUCGGCGGGCCAAGUUGGCCCGGGAAAGGGACAGGAGGCGCAACUACGACAUGCAGGACCAUGCCGUCAGCCUGGUCAGAUUUAGUCCAAUACAUAGGCUUAAUUACCGAUCGUCGCGAGCUAUCAGUCUACGUCCUGAACGAAGCCUAAGCCAGGGCUUCACCUCCCUGGAGCUGGACACUGUGCUGGAGGAGCGCUGCAGUGACGUGGAGCAGACCCAGACGGAGAUGUUCAACCCAGAGUCGCCGAUGGACACCACCUCCUACAAGAUGUCCUUCUCCUCGAGCUAACAGUUAGCCAAGC